CCAUAAAUUAUCAAUCUCUCCAUUCACUUGGGCGGCAUAUAGAUCACAACCCGACCCGUUUUGCUCGAUCCAUGUUUUAAAACCGGGAACUAAAGUCCAUAGGCAUAGCCCUAAUUUCAAUUUCUCAAUUCUAAAGAGAAGCGAUUAUCUCAUAAAGAAUCGGUCAUAAAAGGCAGCAGCAACCGGCGACGUCGAUUCCCAUUGUCUCCUUUUAUCAAGUUCAAUCAACAACAUGGAUGAUUAUCAGGAAAUGGAAAGGUUUGGGAUGGAGAAUGAUUAUGAAGAUGGACAGUGGAUCAAUGGUGAAUUUUACUAUGGAAAGCGCAAAGAAAAAAACAAAGUUCAAACAAAGGAUGAUGUACUUUAUGGUGUUUUUGCUUCUGGUGAUAGUGAUUCCGACUAUGAAGGAUCAUCGUCCAAAAAGCGGAAAAAAGGUGGCCUUUCCUCGAAGGCUGACCUAACCAAACCUGUUAGUUUCGUCUCAACUGGAACUGUUAUGCCUAACGAGGAAAUUGAUCAGAAUUCCAAAGAGGAAAACGACGAAAAGCUAAUCGAAGAAGAGAGCAAUAAAGGUUCGGGAUUAGGGUUUGGUACUAAUAGUAGUUCUAUUGAUAGUAAUGCUGAUGAAAUUGAAAGCUUUUUGCCUAGUGCUUUUGGCAGGAAGAUAAAAGAAGGUGCACUAAAACGCGAGAAGGAAAGGGAAAAGGAAAAGGAAAAGGAGAAGUCUAAGAAAUCUUCUGAAUUAGGGCGAAGGGAACCUGGUGGUGAUAAUGUUGGUGGAUUUGAGAAGUAUACUAAGGGAAUUGGGAUGAAGUUGCUUGAGAAAAUGGGUUAUAAGGGAGGUGGAUUGGGUAAAAAUCAGCAAGGAAUUACGGCUCCGAUCGAGGCAAAGCUAAGGCCGAAAAAUAUGGGAAUGGGGUUCAAUGAUUAUAAGGAGACUACUAGUGCCCCAGCUCUUAAAGAAUUGGAUGAAAAAAAGACUGUUGCUCGUCCUGCUCAACCCAUGGAAAGCCGGAAGCUAUGGUCAAAGCAAGCUAAAAAAGUGAAGAAGGUUUACAUUACAGCUGAAGAGUUGUUAGCCAAAAAGCAAGAGCAGGGUUUGGAAGAAGUUGUUCAUCAGAAGGUGUUUGAUAUGAGGGGUCCACAGGUUCGAGUCUUGACGAAUUUGGAGAACUUGAAUGCUGAAGAAAAAGCAAGGGAAAAUGAUGUUCCAAUGCCUGAACUUCAGCAUAAUAUCAGGUUGAUUGUUGAUUUAGCAGAACUCGACAUACAAAAAAUUGAUAGUGAUUUGAGAAAUGAGAGGGAGACAGUUGUUGCUUUGCAGAAGGAGAAAGAGAAGCUAAAAGCUGAGGCAGCUCGCCAAAAAAGGCAGUUUGAUAAUAUGGAAGAGAUUGCUGGCAUAUUGGACCGGAUAGGGGAAGAGAGCACGUCGGGUAUCCUAACCCUAGACUCCCUUGCGAAAGCAUUUUCUGACUUGCAGGAGCAAUAUGGUGAGGAAUACAAACUCUGCAACUUGUCGAGCAUAGCGUGUGAAUACGCUCUGCCUUUAUUUAUUCGAGUUUUUCAGGGAUGGAAUCCAUUUCAAACUCCAACACAUGGAUUGGAGGUGGUUUCCCUGUGGAAGAAUCUUUUGGAAGGGGGUAAUGAUGACAUUUUUAUUAUCUCUGAUGCUGCAUCUCCUUAUACUCAACUAUUUAUGGAAGUUGUAUUCCCUGCUAUUAGAAUAUCUGGCACUAAUACUUGGCAGGCAAGGGAUCCUGAACCAAUGCUUCGUUUUUUGGACUCUUGGGAGAAGCUGUUGCCUUCUGCAGUCCUUCAGACAAUACUGGAAAACAUUGUUUUGCCCAAGUUAUCAGCCGCUGUGGACUCGUGGGAUCCACGUCGAGAAACAAUUCCGAUCCAUUCAUGGGUUCAUCCAUGGUUGCCCUUAUUGGGUCAACGAUUGGAAAGUUGCUACCACACUAUACGUAACAGAUUGGAAAGUGUACUGCAUGCUUGGCACCCGAGUGAUAUGUCUGCAUACUAUAUAUUGUCUCCUUGGAAGACUGUGUUUGAUGCAAUUAACUGGGAAAAACUGAUGGUUCGAUUUAUUGUUCCAAAGUUGUUGGCAGUGAUGCAUGAAUUCCAAAUAAAUCCAGCAAAUCAGAACCUUGAUCAGUUCUAUUGGGUUCGUACUUGGGCUACUGCUAUUCCCAUCCAUCACAUGCUUCCAAUACUGGAUAUAUUCUUCAACAAGUGGCAAGAAGUUUUGUACCACUGGUUAUGUUCAAACCCGAACUUUGAAGAAGUGACAAAAUGGUAUUUGGGUUGGAAGGAACUUAUUCCACCCGAACUUCUGGCAAAUGAACACGUUCGCUAUCGACUUAAUCUUGCUCUAGACAUGAUGAACAAGGCUGUUGAAGGCUUGGAGGUGGUUCAGCCUGGUUUGAGGGAGAACAUAAGUUACCUUAGGGUUCUUGAACAAAGGCAGUUUGAGACUCAGAAAAAAGCAGCAGCACAAGCUCAAUCCCGUCCUUCGGAUGGUACGGGUGGUGGGGUUGACAUGAGCAUGAAAGAAAUUAUUGAAGUUCAUGCUCAAGAGAAUGGUUUGCUGUUCAAGCCUAAGCCCGGCAGGAUGCAAGAUGGUCAUCAGAUAUAUGGUUUUGGUAACAUUAGUAUUAUUAUAGAUUCUCUCAAUCAGAAGGUAUUUGCACAAGUUGAGGACAGGUGGACUUUAGUGUCUCUUGAGCAGCUGUUGGACCUGCAUAAUCGAUCUGGGUUAAAGCGCCGAUAAAUGUUUUAAGUUCUUGAAUCUUAUGUAUGAAACAACUCCAUAGGCUUAACGGAUAUGUCUGCUCUGGAUCUCUCAUUCUGCUGUCAUGAGCUGAUACAUUCCCCCCCCCCCCUUUCCCCCCCUUCCCCCCUUAGUGGCAUUUUAUCUGCUCCUUUAGAGACAAUUUUUAACUUGUAAGUUUUUAUCAUCCUACAUUUGCAUCUGGCAGAAUCACUUAGAAAUGAGGGAGUGAGUCAAUCUUUCUAGCUCAGAUAGCAGUCCUUCAAAAAUUUUACAUAGAUUUUGUAUUGUAAUUGUUUGUGAUUUUCUUUAUACAGGAGUACUAUGUUCAAUAAACUAUCUAAUGAUAUAAAUUUUUAAUCCGUAA